AUGCCACAAGAACCUGUGGGAUCUGAUAGAUCGGGAAAUGGUGUGACCCAUGUGCUCGCCUCAGCUAUGUCUGGUCCGCGUACAAAUAUUCUCGGCGCUGCAACGGGCAGCGCAUCCUUGAUGCACGCACGCACACGUGUCAGUCCUGCACUGCACACAACCGCUCCAACUUCGACAUUUAAUGGUCUCAACGUGCUCAAUACAGCUGUUAGUCUAGUCGCAAGUGCCCAUUCUGCUUUCUCAUCCACGUCGUCCUCCUCAGUAGGAUCAAAUGGAGAUGUGACCGCACCACAGUCGUCGUCGCAACGGUCCAGUCCUGGUAGUUAUUCUUCCACUUCAUCUACUUCAUCCUCUCUGGGCAAUCAAACAGCUUUACGCCCUUUACAUUCGCAUGCUUAUGAAGAACUGUGUGAGGAUGGGUCUGCAGCUGGUGCGAGCGAUACAAUCACUAUACCUGCCCAGAAAAAAAUCAAGUCAGUUUCUACUCGCUGUUCGUCUGCCUCAUCGUCGGUUUCCUCAUCUAGUCCUCCGGCUCCAUUACCACCCCCGGCCUCACUACCAUCAGCCUCAAUUUCCCACCCUUCGUCUCCACCCUCCAUUGUAUUGGCGGUACCAGUUCGCCACGUGCCGACAAAUGUCACCCCAAAGGAUGACGAUCUAGGGUUGAAACGUCAACGUUUAAGCUAG